AUGCCGCCCAAACCCGUGAAAGUUCAAACCUUUGCCUCUCCAAAGCAGGCUUUGAUUAUUGGCUGUGUAAGUUUAUUUUAGCAGAUAUUUCAAGAAAGCGGUGUUAUAAUGGCAAUGCAGCUUGAACUUUCAAUUUCAGUGUCACUACCUUGUCUGGGAGCUCUUUACCGACUUCAAAACAUUGGGAGUUCUUCUGUCGUUUGCCCUGAUUACCAGCAAACCGGAUGGCGCCUACUAUAGCCCUCGAUUUUUUCAGUUCAUUGCAAUCUAUAUUACGGUAAGUAUCAGUUUCCAAAUAGGAAAGGUUUCCGUCUACUGCUUUUUUUGCAAGUGGGCCGGAAUGUAAAAAUUAAACUUCCAGAUACCUUGUUUAGCUGUACACAGCUUUUUAUUUUAUGAUUCACAAAUUAAAUUUCAGCUUGGUCACAUUCUCACUCAACUGGACGCCGUUCUUCGAUGCAAGGAAAUUUAUGAAAAAGCCGCGGCCUCAAAAGAAGGAACUGCUGACCAAAUCAUCGAGCAACUCACGUUGUAUUUGCCAACGGAUCGCUAUCAUAUGGCUGCAAGAGUCUUGCAUUCGUUUGGCAUCAACUUGUCUCGACCAAUCAUCAAGGAGCUGAAAGCUAUAAUUGAUAUCAAAGUUGCUGCUGCUUGCUUUACCGCCUGUGCUCUGAACAUUCUGUUGCUCCUCACUAUUGUUUUUACAAGUUAUAUUGUGUUUGCGGAGGAGUUUAAAGAGACUGAGUCGCGGAAUAAGGCCAAUGAAUUGAUUCGUGACAAUAUGACGUUGAAAUUUAAUCAAUAA